UUUCUCUCUCGAUAGUUUGCGGUUUCUUAAGAAUUCCCACUUCCCAACAAAUCCAGAGGGAAAAAGAAUCACACUCCUGUCUAUUCCAGGAAAGGAAAAAUAUCAAGGAACAUUAAAUAUUGUUAACGAGAAAGAAACCGACCUUCAUAGGGUGGCCAGGCUUCUGAGUUAUCGUUGCUGAACUCACUUCCACUCCUUUGCCCGCAUAAUAAAGGGUGCCAGCAUAAUAUUUAUGGCUCAAGAUAUGUCUGGUGUUGAUUCACACCAAAGACGGCAAGGCCUUCUAAAAGAUCAAGUUCGAUUGGUUAAGAAAAAGGAUUCUCAUUAUGAGAUUGUGCCAAUCCAAAGUCCCUUGUCAUUUGAGAAGGGUUUCUUUAUAGUAAUCCGUGCAUGCCAAUUGUUGGCCCAAAAGAAUGAUGGGAUAAUAUUGGUUGGAGUCGCAGGUCCUUCUGGGGCUGGAAAGACUGUGUUCACAGAAAAGAUACUCAACUUUAUGCCCAGUGUUGCUGUCAUAUCAAUGGACAACUACAAUGAUGCCAGUCGGAUUGUUGAUGGCAACUUUGAUGAUCCACGCUUGACAGACUACGACACGUUACUCCAGAAUGUAAAUGACUUAAAAGCAGGGAAGGAAGUUCAGGUUCCAGUUUAUGACUUCAAGUCUAGUUCCCGCACAGGAUUCAGGACAGUUGAAGUCCCAAGCUCUCGGAUUGUGAUCAUUGAAGGCAUCUAUGCUUUGAGUGAAAAGUUGCGGCCUUUCCUGGAUCUACGAGUAUCUGUCACAGGCGGUGUUCACUUUGACCUGGUCAAAAGGGUUUUGCGGGACAUACAACGAGCUGGCCAGGAACCGGAAGAAAUAAUUCAUCAAAUAUCUGAAACUGUAUAUCCUAUGUACAAGGCCUUUAUUGAGCCAGACCUUCAAACAGCACAUAUAAAAAUUAUCAACAAGUUUAACCCGUUUACUGGAUUUCAAAGUCCCACUUACAUUUUGAAGUCAGCAAAGGACUUGUCAGCGGAUCAGAUUAAGGCUGUCUUUUCUGAAGAUCACACAGAAGCAAAGGAGGAGACCUAUGAUAUAUACCUUCUACCACCUGGUGAAGAUCCAGAAUCUUGCCAAUCAUAUCUGAGGAUGCGGGAUAAAGAUGGGAAAUAUAGUCUAAUGUUUGAGGAAUGGGUGACAGAUAAUCCAUUUGUUAUAUCACCAAGAAUAACUUUUGAGGUCAGCGUGCGACUUCUUGGUGGACUAAUGGCCUUGGGGUACACGAUUGCAACUAUCCUUAAAAGAAGCAGCCAUGUAUUCUCCAAUGAUGGGGUGUGUGUAAAAAUUGAUUGGCUAGAGCAACUAAAUCGUCAAUAUAUUCAGGUGCAAGGAAAAGAUCGUGUACUUGUAAGAUGUGUUGCGGAGCAGCUUGGCUUGGAAGGUUCAUACAUUCCUCGUACCUAUAUUGAACAAAUUCAACUGGAAAAGCUUGUGAAUGAGGUCAUGGCCUUGCCAGAUGAUUUGAAGACGAGGCUUAGCCUAGAUGAGGAUCUUGUUUCAAGCCCCAAAGAAGCACUUUCCAGAGCCUCCGCAGAUAGAGUUGCCAUGAGAAAUAAGCAUCUCAAGAGUGGUAUGUCGCAGUCAUAUACAACCCAAAGGGACAAAAGUACAUCUAAGCUUACAGGAUAUGCUUCCAACAGUCAAAGGUUUGAUGAGAGAAAUUCAGAGUCAUCAGCAACACUAGCAAGCCAGGGAGUAGUUACUCAGCUAUCAGAACAAAUGUCUUCGCUGAAUGAUAGAAUGGAUGAGUUUACAAAUCGAGUUGAAGAGCUAAAUUCCAAGUUGGCUGUGAAGAAAAGUUCUCCUAGCCAACAAAACAUGGCUCUUCAAGCUGAAACCUGCAAUGGCUCUGUUCCCACUUCUUAUUUCAUCUCUGGCUUAGGCAAUGGUUCUUUAACCGGGUCGAUAUUGCCAAAUUCCUCAUCUUCGUCGCAGCUGGCUAAGGAAUCUUCAGUAAUGGAAGAGAUGUCAAGUAUUGCACGGGGGCAACGUCAAAUCAUGCAUCAGUUAGACAAUCUCAGCAAUCUUCUCCGGGAAAACAUUGGAGAGAGAAAUCGCCCAGUAAGAACUAACAGCAGGAAAAGCACCAUUGCUCAACCUGAUCAGCCCUUGACAGUUCCUCUUGCAAUAACACUAGCUGUUGGAGUUCUAGGACUCAUCAUAUACAAGGGUAUCUUUACUCGAAAUUGAUGUAGUUUCGAAAAUCAUUAGACUGAUAAACCUUUACUUUGUCCCUCUUAGGUUCCACUAUAAGUAUGUUGCAAGUACUACCCUUCUGCUCGGGAAAUAUAGUUAACAAAAAGAGGUUACGCUAGAAGCAAAACAGAAGCUUUCUAGCUUGAGAGUUUGCAAAGAAGGGUGCCCUAGCAAUUUUGAAAUUUUGUGGCCUACUUCCAUUAGUUUAUAGUUAUUACUUUGCUAGUUUCAACAUU